UCUUGAAUCGACAAUGUUGUUAUUUGACCCAUUAAAAUAACAAACACAGUGCGAUAUUUUUCUCUAGUGACCUUUGAUCCGACUGUCAAAUCGUAGAUAUGCCGAUAUACAUAUGUAUUGUUUUCACUUAAAGAAAUGUAUCAUUCGAGGUAAAACGGGCAGUUUUGGUAGUCAGAAAUAACCGUUCAGUCUGUGAUCAUUAAAUAUGAAUUACUUAGUAGGAGAUAUGGAACAACUUAUUACCAAUGAUAUGUUAUUAUGCACUGCACCAAGUCCUACGAUUAACCAUAAUCACCAAAAUACUCGAUCAGGAACUAACAUAUUAAGAACAAUUUUUUUAAUUGUUAAUACUACCUUAGGAGCUGGCCUUUUAAACUUUCCACAGGCUUUUGAUAAAGCUGGAGGAUUGGUUACAUCUAUUAGUGUACAACUUAUAUCACUCAUUUUUAUCACUGCAGCGCUUAUAAUUUUGGCCAAUUGCAGUGACAUUACAAAUACCUCUUCUAUGCAGGAUGUGUUUGCUAAUUUUUAUGGACAAAGAUCAUUUCUUUUAUGUGCCUUUUGUAUUAUGAUAUAUAGUUUUGGAUGUUGCUUAACAUUUUUAAUAGUUAUUGGUGAUCAAUUUGACCGAGUUUUAGCAACGUACUAUGGACUUGACUAUUGUCAUACAUGGUAUUUAUCAAGAACAUUUGUUACAGUUGUAACAAGUAGUAUAUUUAUAUUGCCAUUAUGUUUUUUUAAAAAACUGGAUAUAUUAGGUUACGUUAGUUCUAUUGGUUGUGUAACUAUUUUAUAUGUAGCAUUAUUAGUAGUCUAUAAAUAUUUUACAAACAUAGAAACUCCCAAUAAUCCUAUGAAAAUAUGGCCUGAUAAUAAAUUUGAAGCACUUCAAAUAAUUCCAAUAAUUUGUUUUGCAUAUCAGAAUCAUAUGACAGCAAUACCAAUGUAUGCUUGCAUGAAAGAGCGAAAAAUCAACAAAUUUAUAUUAUGUGCCAUAGCAAGCAUGAUUAUUUGCUUUAUUGUUUAUACAAUAGUUGGUAUCUUUGGAUAUGCAACAUUUGGUGCUGGCAAAGUACCCAGUGAUAUACUUCAAGGCUAUGCUGAUAAAAGCAUAAUUCUUACUUUAGGCAUUAUAUUCAUUGCAAUUAAAAAUUUUACCACAUAUCCAAUUAUUUUGUACUGUGGUCGUGAUGCGCUUUUAAGUCUUUUAGGAUUGGACAUUAAUGUAACAAUAAAAUGUAGAAUUUUUAUUACACUGAUCUGGUACAUACUGUCAUUAAUAAUUGCAGUAUUUGUACCAGACAUUUCACCAGUUAUUAAUUUACUAGGGACCUUGUCAGCAGCUUUCAUCUUUAUCUUUCCAGGCAUUUGCUUGUUUCAAUGUACACUUUUAAAAGAUUCUGAAUUACAUUUAAAUAAAGAUCGACUGCUAAUAUUUUUUGCAAUUUUUAUUACUGCACUUGGUGCGUUUACAUCUGGUGUUGUAUUUGUAGAAGCAAUAAAAGAUUUGAAUAUAACGCCUAAAGAAACUCCAGUAAUAACUGGUUUUAGACAGUUAAGAGAGAGUUUAUGUACUUAAUAUAUUUUACUCAAUUUAAACAUUGAACAAAACUUAAUAAACAAAAAUAGCUUAUAAU